AUGGUGGCAUACCCCCAGGUACACAGCCGGCGACAAGCUGCUGAGGCCGCCCUUGCAGCAGCUGCAGAACUAAACGAGCCGCCCAAAGCAACAAUAACAGCUCCCGCUACAGCGCCAAGCUGCCGUACCAAACUGGGAGAAACAGGAGCGGCGCAUUCCAAUGCAGCAGGAGUCGCAGGAGCCAGUGCUGCAGCGCCUGCAGAAGCAGCUGCAGCUGCAGCAGCAGCCGCAGCUCCGAAGCCGCCCCUCUCUACAUUCACUCUAUUAAUCAGUCGGCGCUACAUACUCGCUGUAGGGAGCACAGAUCAGCUGUGGAACUCAUGCGAGGGGCCUCAGCAGCAGCAGCAAGCAGCGCAGCAGCGGGAUGAGCAGCAGUCGCGGCAGCAGCAGGUUUUGGAGCAUAUUUUGGGGCGCGAUGGGGCGACAUGGAGGCGGCUCCACUCUAUUCUCCUGCUACACAAGCAGCCAGUGUUGCAGCAGCGGCAGCAGAUGGAGCAGCACCUUCGGCAGCAGAUGCAGUCAGAGCAGCAGCAGAGGCAACAGCAGCAACACCAGCAGCAACCUCAACAGCACGAGCUGCUUCACUUCAGCCGUACCCCAACAUGGGAAAGGAUCGGCUCUAAGUUCAUGACUACGGAGGUUGCGAAGUACUGCCUACGGCAAACGCUGCAGCUGCUGGGGGAGGCCCCGGAGCAGCAGCUUUCCGUGUCGGGCCUUGUUGGCUUCCUGCCUCUUCUCUGCGGCUUUCACCUCGUUGCUGCUGUUGGCGCGCGACCGGCUGCGCGUUUGCUGGUGCACCACACAGUAAACAGUAUCGACGAUUUGGUUCUUCUGCCCCUUUUUUUCACGGCUGAUACGCCGCAGGAGGCUGCUGCCUUCUGCUGCAGCAGUCCUCCCACGCUGCACUUGCUGCACUCGCUGCAGCAGCAGCAGCAGCAGGCUAAACGAGGACAGCAAAAGCAGCAACAACAGCAACCGCCAGAGGAUCAGCCGCUCAGUCAGCAGCAGCUUGAGCUUCUGCAGGAGGUGCAGCAACUGUGCAAAAGACUCUCGGGACUAUCCUUUAGCGCAAGCACAGCAGCAGCGGCAGCAGAAGAUGCGAAAUACAGAACUUCAGUUUUGGCUUACCGCGCCGAUCGCGGAUUUUACUUCUGCCGGACUCUCUGCAUCAAUCUCUCCCUGCAGCAGUUGGCUGCCAGGAGGCGUGCUGCAUGUGCAGCAGCAGCUGCUGCUGCUGCUGAGCGAACUGCGGCAACAACUGCUCAAAAAGGGGGAGAAGCAGCAAGAGUUGCAGCGGCUGCUGCUGCUGUUGCUGCCAGCGGAGCCGAGUUCCACGGACAGUAUCUGAGCUGCGAACUGAAUCCUGAAUGCUGCCAAUGCAAGCGGCAGAAGCAGCCUCCCCAGCAGCAAGAAAUGCAGUGGCAGCAGCGAGAAGCCACCAGUCGCUGGCAUUGGUCGCCUCUACACCGGGAGGAAUGCCGUUUUCUGUGGAACCGCGAAUUGUUGUCCUUACUGCUGCAACAGCAGCAGCAGGACUUAAUAUCAGAGGGGUUCUUUUUGCUGUUGUUGCAUGGGUCGGUGCAGCAGCAAGUGUUGCAAACCCAAGGGGUCCACCUGCAGCUGUUAACAAUCUCAAGACGUUCUGCUGCUUUUGCGGGACCCCGAUACCGUAAGAGGGGGCUCAACGACGCCGGUGAUGCGGCAAACGAAAUCGAAGUUGAAUUUAUUUGUCAGGCGACGAUUCCCUCCCGAACAGCCACAGCAGCAGCAGCCCGGCAAGCAGCAGCUUCAACAGCAGCAGCGGCAGGAACUCCUGCUGCGCUGUGGAGGCAAGUGCUGCUGCGAGGGGGUGGGGGAUUCGAGUUUGCUGUUGCUUCUCACGUCUUGUCGCGAGGCAGCGCUCCGCUGCUUUGGUUCCAAGACACUGCAGUCAUUCCUUCACGGCCCAGAAUCCGCCGCAGAAUGACGGACGUCAACUGCAGCGCUAUUAGAAGGCAUAUGGCGAGUUUGCUGCAGCGGUAUGGAGCUCCGCUGCUGCUGCUGAACCUACUGCGCAGCAGCCCCCGCGCAGCGCAUUCUGCGGAAAAGCAGCAGAUAGCCCCACUUGGUUUUUCUGCAGCAACUUCUAGGCUAAGUCGACAGAAGCAUUCGCAGCAAGGCCUGGGAUGCGCAGCAGAGGCGACUGUAGCAGUAGCUAUAGAGGCAGCAAACGCUGCUGCGCGGAAAACAGAGGAUAGUCCCAGCGAAGAAACAGCAACGGCCACAGUAGCCGAACAGGAAUCUUGCCUUGGAAAUGAAUAUCGCAGGGCUGUAGCAGCCCUAAAUUCGGAGCUUCCUGCGGCAGUGCAACUCCGAUUUGCUGCGGUGGAUAUCGAGGCAGCAAGGAGAGGGGACCCGGCAGAGGCGUCGUCACGAGUGGGCGGCCUGGCGGCGAAGACUUUGGAGGAGCUGCAAUUCUUUGCCUCUCAAGAGUCAGUGCUUAAGACCGCGGGCUCAGACUUUGGAGCAGCAGAGCAGCAUGCGAACCAGUGCACCACCAGAAACCUUGGCUCAGCAGCAAUAGCAGCAAACGGACUUCCAGCUGAAGCAGAUUGA